UAUCAAACAUGUCAUAAAAAAUUUGGCAUUUCAAGAUCCUUAUAAGUAGAGAAAGCCCAACACAAGGCUUAAGUACCUAACUACAAAAUAUCUUCUCCUUCAUUAACAACUAUGUCACCGCGUUCUUCACACCCAACACUACUAGUAUUCCUUCUUUCCCUCUUUGUUUCCACUAGUAUUGCUCAAGCAAAAGUCCCUCCCAACGCCACAUUUCAGUUCAAAAAUGAGGGCUAUUUUGGAGAAUUUCUUUACGUAGAGUAUGGUGCAACCUACCGUUUCUUCUCGGAAAUCUUUGUUAGUAGUGCUCCUUUCACAAUUUGCUUCUACAACACCACCCCCAAUGCCUACACCCUGGCUCUUCGCAUGGGCCGAACCGACACUCGCUGGAUGACUCUCCGGUGGGUUUGGGAGGCCAACCGGGGCAACCCGGUUGGUGAAAACGCCACAUUCACCUUCGGAGGCGACGGAAACCUAGUCCUGGCCAAUGCCGAUGGCAGAGUGGCUUGGCAAUCCAAUACGGCCAACAAAGGUGUGGUUGGCUUCAGAUUGCUUCCAACUGGCAACAUGGUCCUUCAUAACUCAAAGGGCAAUUUUGUAUGGCAAAGUUUUGAUUAUCCUACCGACACCAUUUUGGUGGGACAGUCCCUAAGAGUUGGGGGUCCAAACAAGCUUGUGAGCCGCCUUUCAGAGAAAGAAAACAAGGACGGGCCUUAUAGCUUGGUAAUUGAGUCCAAAGGAUCAAUGUCACUCUACUACAAGAGUAAGACCUCUCCAAAGCCACGUCUCUACUACACAUCCGGCAAUUUUGUGGACAUAAACAACGUGACAUUUGAAUUUGAGGAGGACGUCGAGGCUGGUGCUUACUUUCUUAGAUUUAACCCCUAUAUUAUUGCUAGAACCUUUUACAAUGCCAGUUUAACAUUUAUAAGGCUUGAAAUGGAUGGGAAUAUAAAGCUCUAUACUCACAAUUUGAAAUUGGUUAGGGUGGCUUUUGUGUUGACAUAUUCCUUCUUUGAUAGAGAAACCCCUAGGAACGAGGAUGAGUGCCAGUUGCCUAGCCGAUGCGGGACUUUCGGUCUUUGCGAGGACAGCCAGUGUGUGGCUUGCCCGACAAAGAACGGACUCGCCGGUUGGAGCGCGAGCUGUGCACCCGAAAAGUUGACCUCUUGUAAGCCAAGUAAUUUCCACUACUACAAGAUUGUUGGGGUCGAUCAUUUCUUGUGCAAGUACACAAGUGGAGAGGCAAUCAAGGAGAGCGCUUGUGAGAAGAAAUGCACGGCGGAUUGCAAGUGUUUGGGCUACUUUUACAACCGGGAAACCUCAAGCUGUUGGGCCGCUAAUGAGUUGAGGACCUUGACAAAGGUUGCGAAUUCUACCCAUGUGGGUUUCAUCAAGGCACCCAAUUAGUCAAAAUGUGAUUAGUUGUGAUGUUUGCUUUGAAUAAGAGAUCUUGGUAUCCCGCAAGAAGGAGAAAAAGAAAGGUUAAUGGGUUGCCUAGAUCCUACCUUAUCCUACAAAACUUUUCUCCGUUAUUUGUAUUUCUUCAAGAAUUUGUAUGUCCGGUCUGUAAGGGGCACGUUUCCUAAUUUUCUUUCAUUUAAAAAACCCUACGUUGGAUAAUAUUAGGAUACGUGAUACUUGCAUAUUGAAUUAUAUAAUAGCCUCUAUGUUCAAAUUA